AGAGUGUCUCUUCUCUGAAACGAUUGCAGGUUUCUAGCUCAGUCUAUCUCUUAUGGUCAGUUAUUGACCACAACCCACCUCUUCAGUCCUCUCUCUCUCCCCCCCUUCCCCCCCUUAUAUUUCGCAUAAAUUCAAACCCCUCGCUUUGAAACUUGAGAGAGAGAGAGAGAGAGAGAGAGAGAGGAGAGAGGGGUUCUGAUUCGCAUUUCAAGAAUGGCUGAACUUAAAGUACCUCCCUUUCUGCUGCUUCUCUUCAGCGUGAUUCUUGCUGCUUCCGUUAUACAAGGUUCAAGAAUUAGUCCUGAAUAUCAUGUAGCUUCAUUACAGAGAGAGGCCGUGCAUUUGCAGGGUGUGAAGCUAUUGGGGGAAGAUGAGAACAAACAUAGGGACUCAAGGAGAUUAAUGAUUGGGUCGACCAGGCCAAUUUGCACAUACAAUGAAUGCAGAGGCUGCAAGUACAGAUGCAGGGCGGAACAAGUUCCAGUUGAAGGGAAUGAUCCCAUUAACAGUGCUUACCACUACCGAUGUGUGUGUCAUAGGUAAAUAAAGAUUAGAUAAAUUUAAAUUAAUCUAGGGGUUGGCUAAUGAUAAUAUUUAUUUGAAUGAGGGUUUGGUCCCAAGAGAAAUAAGCGAAAAAUAAAAUAAAAUGACUCCCAAUGCUGCCUUUUCUUCUCUUCAUUUUGAAUUUCUUCUAUUGUCUUCAUAUAAGUGUGAGUAGCUAAGUAGAAGUGGCUGUCCAAAUUUUUUGGGUUCUUUCUUUUUCUCUUUGUUUUUUGAGGGUCAGAUAUGGUUCAAUCGAAUUCUUGAUUCUUGUAGCAAAGUCUUCGUUAAAACAAAGAAGUCUCUCACGUGUUGUUCUUAUCUGUUAGGCCUAGGUUUUGGACUCAAUUACUUGUCUUUUUUGAGCUGCAAAAUGUGCUUCUGUUAUCAGAACCAACAUGUAGAAGAAAAUAAAUAAGUAUUCUUAAA